AUGAUUCCUCUUUCUACUCUUUUUUCAAAAUUCGUUAAUACUGUUCCUACUAAGGAUGAUUUUCCUAUUAUUGCAAGGAUGCAAAAGUGCACUGAACAACCUUAUAUGGUUGAAUCCUCAUACGCUGAAGAAGAGAAUGAUGAGGAGAAUGUUAAUAAUGAUGAUGAUGUCGAUAAUGUUCCUCAAGCUGAGAUAGCUCCCCCUACGUUAACACCGAUUACUAUUGAUGCUCUUCAUCAAGGUUAUCAAGAAGCAUCCAACUCCAACUUUCAAAAUUUUGUGCUUUCCCAACUCUAUUUUAUUAUGGAGAUUACUCGGUCAAUGGACAAAAGCCUAACUAAAGUUGAAAGAAGAUUAACAACAUUUGAAAGGGAUGUGGCCACAAUGAAGCAAUAUAUGGAUUUGGGUGUUGAUGAUGAUGCUAUGAUUGUUGUUGCUAUUAUUUCAAUCGUUGAUGCUGAUGCAACAACCGAUUAUCAACCCAUUCUUGAAUCUGGUGAUCAAUUAGAGACCAAAUACUAUGAAGGGUUUCUUGAUCUUGACUUUAUGCCACUAGCUGAUGUGGUUGUUGUUCCCUUAAAAACCAUUUACAUCGAUUCUUACAUUAAGAGGGGAUCUUCUCAAGAAACUAAAAUGGAGGUUCCUCAAGGAGACAAUACUAACAUUGAUUUUGAUGAUGGUGUCCAGCUCAAUCCUCGAAAGAGUAAGGCUUCCUUCUCAGGGGGAUCUCUUAACACUAAUGUUGGAAGUUCCUCUAAAGUUGACCUACAUAAUCGGAUCGAUAGAAACAAGUUUGGAGAUGUUUUGACUCGUAGAACAAAGCUUGAUCCCAUCAUCAAAGUAAGAUGUACCAAGCCAAAGAACGAGUCACUAAAUCUUUACUUGGUAAGAAAGAAGGUGAAUUUCGAAUACGCUAAGGUUGCAUUUGCUCGUCAGCUAGUCAAAAUUCGCUACAUCGAGUGGAUGAAAAUUCUAGAAAUCAACGACAAAUAUAAGGGUAUUCAUGAUCAGGAGGUGAAGUUGGAAAUCCAUCAACUUCUCAACAAAGUAAAGAAAUUGAAUAUUGUUCCAUCCGUUGGUCCAUUAGCUAGUUCAUCUAGAUCCGCCUCACCUGGAAGAACAGUCACUCCCUAUCAGUCCAAGAAUACCACAUUUAUUCUUCCUUAUCGCACCAGAUAA